AUGAAGCUUCGUCUUUUUCGCAAACAAAAGAGUGCCGUGAGUUCCAAACAGAGCAGUAGUACUCGCAGUAGUACCCAAAAGAGUCUCCCACCCACAUCGCGGGAAACGCCCGAGUCUCCGAGAGCGAAACACUCUUCCUCAGCAUCCGCCGCUGUUUCCGCACUCUCCUCGCUUCCACCCUACGAUGAGUCCGGCAAGAAAUCGAGCAUGAUCUUGAAUCCGCGGACAGGCGGCUACGAGGCUCCUUCCCAAGUAGCCUCGUAUGAAGAUAAGCAAUUGGAUGAUGAUGAUACCUUGCUGGAUGCCUCCAUUUACACCGACGGGUACACGAUUGAAGCACCUUCUUCGCAGAAAAAGUCCAAAUCUGCUCUCACGCCCAGGCAGCGGCUGGAAGCCUAUCAUGAAACAUCGAACGUCGCGUCUUGGGACCGUGCGUCGACGGCUACUCCAACAUUCGCCCCUUCGACAUUGCAGAGGAAGUCUCCAACCAGCCCAUACAGUCCUCGGACUCGUACCUCGACGGCUUCCACUUCUCCCAGUGGUAGCUCUGUCGCAACCUCGCCCAUCACUGCCGAAGGCAAUCAACCCCGGUGGCGGACGAUGACCAAUCACCGUGGAGAACAAAGUUCACUAACGCAAAAGGAUAUCCGGCGCUUGAAUGUGACCGGCCUAGCUGCGUCGACCUUUGAAAGCAUUUCCACCAACGGUUCUUUCGACACAGCCACAACCUCUCCGCAGCGUAAUGUGAGCCCAGACAACAGCUCCAUUCUGACACCGUUGGUGGGAUUGGAUUGCCUGAUGACUACCUGCAGUGAAAUGGACGACGAAAAUUCCAUCCUUACCUUGGAAAACCGGCAAUGUCUCUACCCCUCCUGUCCGUCCUUUCCACAUGAAAGUACAUUGGCAGGGGAUUCGCCACCACAACGACAGCACCAAACAUAUUCACUCGAUAGACAAAAAGGCAGCGAGAGCGGCAUUGUAGAUCCUGUUGCCGAUGGGACAGAUGACUCCAUAUAUACGCUGGAACACAAUGGAGUUUAUCAACGAGGAACAGAUCAGAAUACGAUCAAGCCACGGGUCAAAAGGAAAGACAAAGUGUCACCUAAACGACCGUCGGCGGCUCGUUCUACUUCUAUCCAGAAUGAUGCCGUCAAGACUACCCCUCGCGAAAAGAAAAAAGGUCGAUGUCGGACACUUCCUGUCGAGAUUGCAGGGAUGGAAGAUGACAAUGAGGACGAGGGCACGUGCACCAUUCUCUUUGUUCCGACAACGGAGGACACAGGCUCAGACCAAGUUGAUCCUCUGUUUUCGUCACAUGGAGAACAAUUGUGUUCCAUAUCACUGCAGCCUACGGAAGAAAGAGACUCUUCCCUGAGAGGACCGGUCGAUUUUGAUCGCGUCAGCAAGGCUACCGUCGUAGACACAAAUUUGCGGAAACCUAAUAAAUCAGUCAAGAUGCGAUUGACAAGGGAAGAUUUGCAACGUCACGAACGCAAAUCGCUCAAGCAAGCGCUGGCGCAAAAGAAAAAUGCUGGUAUAGAAGAAGAUACCCCUAUGGAAGAUGACUUUGUUUUGUGGAAGCGCGAAGAGCAAAUUAAAAAAUUGUACCAGCAGAAGCAAGGGGAUCGCAACAUGCUAUUGAAAGAUAGAAAAUCUUUGACUUCCAGUCCUAACGCGAAAGAAAAUGGUUCGAAAAAGCGAAGGAAGGAUCGAAGAAAGGAUGGUAUCCUUUCGAGAGUUUUUACUGCGUCGCGCAAAGAACCAGACCUCGGCGAUUUUUCUUUGGCUCCGAUGACAGCCAUGGAACAUUUGAAGCUACACGAAACAGUUGACCAAGCGCCUCCGACACGUGGAUUUUUUCUCUUUCGCAGACGUAGCUCUGGGAAUGUAUCCACAACCGCCCAAGCUCUGUUAGAGAAGGAGCGUUUGGCAGCUAAGGAACUUCAUAGGAAAAAGCUGAAUCGAAAGCAGCAAGACAACCACAACGCGAGCAAAACGCAUCGAAAUAUUGUCCAUGAGCAAAAAGUCAAAGCAUUGGCAUUGAGCCCAGCAGCUCCGCGGGUCAACGAGGAAACUCCAAAGCGGAGCGGACGAUCCCACACUGACGCGAGAAAAUCAUCUGUUGCGAGUCGUAGCCUGCCACGCAAUCGUUGACGAUAUCCAGGACGCGCCAUACUUCUUACGAUCUAUCAACUCUUUCGAGGUCAAUAUCAAUACAGACUUGUGUCCUGUGUCGCGCGUCGUCGCGCACCCACAUUGCCACUUGUUGCAUGCAAUUGUCAUUUUGCAAAGACUGUGCAGAAGCGUUGCAAGUUUCAAAGACCUGCCCUGUGUGCUCGGAAACAAAUGUCAGAUUUGUUUCUGUGGCGAUCAAAAGGAUUGUAUUUAUAGGGACGCCGAGACAUAACAGUCCCACUUGCAGCUUUACCCUAUUUAAAAGCUACAUGUAUAGGUGCAGUUCUUUAACUCGAUUGUUGCAGUAAUCAUUUCUCAUGUAAUGACCU